AGAGGUACCUGGGGAGUCAGAUGUCUGGUGGGUUGUAGCAUGUCAGAAUUCCAAUGUCUAUAUCGAGUCCAUGACUUUCUGUACCUAGGAGGUUGAUGAAGUUCAGGUCAUAGGCUUGUCGGUGAAAAGUGGUUUGUAAAUUCCCUUUGAGAUCAGGCCUGAAAGACUGGAGACAGGUGAUGUUCUGUUGUUGUCUUUGAUAGAUUUUUGGUGUGCACUCAUUCUGGUGCGCAGUUGUUGCUUGGUGUUUCUACUUAUUUUCCAUCAGGGCACUUGGUCUCCACUUUUGUGCUUCCCCAUUAUAGCCUAUGGGCAAAAUGUCAAAAUAGCGUCAAAAUGGAAGUCGAAAUGGAACAGUGCUGUUUCACCCAGCCCUAAUAUCAACAUAUACCAGACAUGUUUUAAUUCAGAUAACACAUUACUUAGAACCAUAUAUUUAAAAUAAGCUUUAAAGACUGAGAUUUGUUAAUAUUUGAAUUGGCAGAAGACAUCUUGAGAGUGGGAGAGCCAGCAUGAUUUAAGAGAGUUCAACACUCAUUUGUUCCUUGCCCUGCUCUGUUGUAGGUAAGCCCGCUGUAAGCGUCAUUUCCACCCCCCUUUGGGCGGGGCGGGGGGGCAUUGUUUUUUGUUUUUCUUUUUUACCUAGCAGAAAAAAGUGACCACUCUCUGAAAUCUCCAGGUUUCAAUCUGAUUUUCAGAGUCAUCCCUUUCUUGUAUCUUUUCAGUUGAAAUCUUGUGAGCCCUCUUCACCAACCUGGAGUAGUGGGGUUUUUCUGUUCUUUACAUUCUAUUUACAUAGCACUCUGGAGCUAGAAUUGUUAGGGUGUAUUGGGGAUUUCAAAAUCUGCUAGUGAAUGUGGAUCAGUCAUCCACCUCAUCUCAAGGAACUCAUUAUACUUCCCCACUAAACCUCCUGUCAGACUUUUUUUUUUUUUUGGUUAUUUUUUGCUAUUUUAUAGCUUUUGUCACAUUUUAUCUACAUCAUUACUUUGAUGGCCAAGAGCACAUAACUGUUCUCUUGUAGCUAAAACUAUGCAACUUUCUAAAAAAAAAUUAUAAAUACAUGAAAUUGCUUGACUUUACUAGCAAUAAUGUCCAAAACAAAAUGCAACUCAAAUGGCCAGAAAAGAAAAUGCUUGAAAGUGUCAUAAAAAACUGUUGGACCUGUAAAUGAUGUCAUCCCCACCCCCAAUAGAAAAUCAAAGAUAUAGGAGUUACAUUGUGUAUUCUUGCUUUUUGUUAGACAUGCUUCCAGUCAGAGCAAAGAACCCAUAUCAUAUGAACAAGCUGACAUAACACGAGGAUCAAUACAGAAAAUGAACCCUGCUCAUAAACAACUCCUAGGCUGAAACAUGUUCUAAACUAACAGUUUCAAAUAAAUAAUUUCAUUAAUCUGUUUUGUUCAAAACAGAAAAUAUGGGCAAAAUUUGUCAAACGAUUCAUUCUAAGUAGCUCUUUUCCCAAUUAUGACAAAUAAAAGGACAGUUGAUUGCAACAGUAACUGGCACACUUCAAUUAAAUAAGUUUGAAAGAAUGAAAAAACAAAGAUUGAGACAGGUUGUUUUUCUUCUCCAAUAAUUUUAUUCUAAGUAAAGAGAGGAUUGUUAGAUAGCAGAAUGUUUAUUUGACAUUUACAUAGACCUUGUCCCAUUCUACCACAUCAUACCAGAUUACAGUUUUUAGUAGCCUCUUCCCUAUUUAUUUACAAGUGAAGACCUUGUGAGAAACCCUAAAAAUUAAGCCUUCACAGUCUGUGCUUUAUGAGUUGAUCUAACAUGAGCUUGUAGGAUGGGAUGCCAGAAUGGCAGUCCCAUGGAGCAUGGCCAGCAACUGCAGCAGUCACUGCCAAAAUGUGUGUGUGUGGUGGGGAGGAAAGGGGAGAGCUUGUGCAGUAGCGGUGAUGCUAGUAAUAAGAGAUGACACUUCCCAUCUUUAAGAAAGGGAAGAAGGAGAAUCCAGGGAAUUACAGACUAGUCAGCCUCAUCUCAGUCCCCUGACAAAUCAUGGAGUAGGUCCUCAAGAAAUCUUUUUCUCAGCACUUGGAGGAGGAGAAAGUGAUCAGGAACAGUUGACAUAGAUUCACCAAAGGCAAAUCAUGGCUGACCAACCCGAUUGCCUUCUGUGAUGAGAUAACUGGCUUUGUGGAUGCAGGGAAAACAGUGAAUGUGAUGCACCUUGGCUUUAGCAAGGCUUUGGAUACAGUCUCCUAUAGCAUUCUUGCAAGCAAGCUAAGGAAGUAUGGAUUGGAUGGAUGGACUGCAAGGUGGAUAGAAAGCUGGUUGGAUUGUCAGGCUCAACAGGUAGUGAACAAUGGCUCAUGGUCUAGUUGGCAGCUGGUAUCAAGUGGAGUGCCCCAGGAGCCAGUCUUCAGGCUGGUUUUCUUCAGUAUCUUCAUUAACAAUCUGGAAGAUGGGAUGGAGUGAGUAAGUUUGCAGAUGACACCAAGCUGAGGGGUGUAGUAGAUACGCUGAAGGGGAGGGCUAGGAUUCAGAGUGACCUAGACAAAUUGGGGAUUGGGCCAAAAGGAAUUGCAUGAGGUUCAGUAAGGACAUGUUCAAAGUCCUGCACUUAGGACAGAAGAAUCCCAUGCAUUACUACAGGCUUGGGACCAGCUGGCCAAGCAUCAGCUCUGCAGAAAAGGACCAAGGGGUUACAGUGGGCUAUAAGCUAAAUAUGAGUCAACAGUGUGCCCUUGUUGCAAAGAAGGCUAACAUCAUAUUGAGCUACAUUAGUAGGAGCACUGCUAGCAGAUCAAGGGAAGUAAUUAUUUCUGUCUAUUCUUCACUGGUGAGGCCACAUCUGGAGUACCGUGUCCACUACAGAAAAGAUACGAACAAGUUGGAGAGAAUCCAGCAGAAGGCAACAAAAAUAGGGGCUGGGUCAAAUGAUUUAUAAGAAGCUGAGGGAACUGGGUUUAUUUAGUCUGCAGAAGAGAAGACUGAGAGGAGAUUUGAUAGCAGCUUUCAACUACCUGAAGGGUGGUUCCAAGGAAGAUGGAACUAGACUGUUCUCAAUGGUGACAGAUGACAAAAAUAAGGAGCAAUGGUCUCAAGUUGCAGCAAGAGAGGUUUAGUAUGGGUAUUAGGAAAAAAACUCUCACUAGGAGGGUGGUGAAGUGAAACAGGUUACCUAGAGAGAUGAUGGAAUCUCCAUUUUUGGAGGUUUUUAAGGGCCGGCCUGACAAAGCCCUAGCUGAAACUAUCUAGCUGGGGAUGGUCCUGCUUCGAGGUCCCUUCUAACCCUAAUUGUUUAUGAUCCUAUAAGACUAUGCUGGAACAGCAGCCACAGAAACAUCCCUAGUCUGUUGAGUCUCUUGUGGGAGCCCCCCAAUCAGGCGGCCCCUGCCCCUUCACUCUCUUGCCCUCAGUACCCACCUCCCCUUCCCCCCAUAAACCUUGCGCAUGGUGCCAAAAUCCCCAGGUACAUCUCUUUAGUGUUAUAUAACCGGAUGCUAGGUUCAGGUUUGAUUUUUGUCAACAAGGGUAUGGAUGUUUGUACGUUUUAGCCACUCUAAAAGCAGAGUGGGAACGGCUGCUUGAGAUCACAUUCUGAUUUAACUUACAUUUGCAUGAUCUUGUGCUGAUACAGUUAGUUAAAUUACCCUAAUUUUGACCCUGUAUAAAACAUGGUUAAUGCUGGAGCAGUUUUGCUAGUUGUAGCACUACAUCAUCAUGCAGCACUGUCAGUUGCAUUUAAAGAGCUUGUAUCAGUAUCCUUUGACAUUAGUAUAAUUGCUGUGUCUGUUUACACGCACACCACAGCUCUCUGAAAUACUGAAUUUCUGGACAGCAUUAAGAAAUAAAAGUGUUAAUGUCUUAUCUGUGUGCAUAAGGUGUACUGCUUUAACUAUAACUAUAGAGUUAAAAGUAGCCUGAUUUUGCUCAUAUGCAAGCACUUAUAAAACUCUCUGGAAGAAAAGCAUGCUAUGUUCCACCUUUGUCUGUAUAACUAUGGCCACAUUAAGAAUGGGAUUAAUAUAAUUUUAAAAAAUAAACAAACAAAUCCUCUAACAUACUAUAUUAGUACAAAAGAAAACACAAACCAGGCCUGAGUCCUACCUAGUAACAUGUAUUUAAAGUUUGUUAUUGUGACAAGUUGUGGUAUAUCUUCUCUGGAUGAUGAUUCUAAAAUAGUCCAAAAAAAGGUCAACAACUUAAAUAACAUGCAAAAAUAGCCAAUCGUUUAAAUGUUUAAUUUGUAAUAUGUACUUUGCCCUCUUGCAGGAAUACAAAUAUUUACUGAGAAAAACAGAAUCUAUUAUCGAAAGCACCAUGAGGAUCCUCUUUCUGCUAGCAACUGUAGCACUUGGUUGGGCACAAUAUAAUCCAAAUACAAGACCCGGGAGGACAUCUAUUGUCCAUCUCUUUGAAUGGAGUUGGACCGAUAUUGCUCUUGAAUGUGAACGCUACUUAGCGCCUAAUGGGUUUGGUGGAGUUCAGAUAUCUCCUCCAAGUGAAAAUGUUAUCAUUACUAAUCCAUGGAGACCCUGGUGGGAAAGAUACCAGCCAGUCAGCUACAAGCUUUGUACACGAUCUGGUAAUGAAGAUGAAUUUAUAGACAUGGUGACCAGAUGCAAUAACGUUAGUGUUCAUAUUUAUGUGGAUGCUGUAAUAAACCACAUGUGUGCAUCUGGUCUUGGCUCUGAAAACAAUGCGACCUGUGGAAGUUAUUUCAAUGCAAAGACAAGAGAUUUUCCUGCUGUGCCGUACUCAGGCUGGGACUUUAAUGAUGACAAAUGUAAAACUGGAAGUGGGGGCAUCGACAAUUAUGGGGAUCUUGAACAGGUCCGUGACUGCCGCCUGGUUAGUCUUCUUGAUCUUGCACUGGAGAAAGACUAUGUACGUUCAAAGAUUGCUGAAUACAUGAACUACCUUAUUGAUAUUGGUGUAGCAGGCUUCAGAAUUGAUGCUGCCAAGCACAUGUGGCCUGGGGACAUGAAGGCAACUUUAGAUAAACUGAAAGAUUUAAAUACUGAUUGGUUUUCUCCAGGAUCGAGACCUUUCAUUUACCAAGAGGUAAUUGACUUAGGUGGAGAAUCAAUCAAAAGCAGCGAGUACUUUGGAAAUGGCCGAGUGACGGAAUUCAAAUAUGGUGCAAAACUGGGGACAGUCAUACGGAAAUGGAAUGGAGAAAAGAUGGCUUAUUUAAGGAACUGGGGGGAAGGCUGGGCAUUUAUGCCUUCUGAUAAAGCACUUGUCUUUGUGGAUAAUCAUGACAACCAGAGAGGACAUGGUGCAGGUGGAGCCUCUGUUUUAACUUUCUGGGAUCCCAGACAAUAUAAAAUGGCAACGGGCUUCAUGCUUGCCCAUCCUUAUGGAUUUACACGUGUGAUGUCAAGUUUUUGGUGGCCCAGGGAUUUCCAGAAUGGAAAGGAUAUUAAUGAUUGGGUGGGACCACCAAGCUUUGAGGAUGGAACAACCAAACCUGUUACAAUUAAUCCAGAUACCACUUGUGGAAAUGACUGGGUCUGUGAACAUAGAUGGCGCCAAAUAAGGAACAUGGUUAUUUUCCGAAAUGUGGUUGAUGGACAACCUUUCUCCAACUGGUGGGACAAUAAUAGCAAUCAAGUGGCCUUUGGACGUGGAAAUAAAGGAUUCAUUGUCUUCAAUAAUGAUGACUGGUACUUGAAUGUAACACUGCAAACUGGCCUUCCUGCUGGCACUUACUGUGAUGUUAUUUCUGGACAAAAGAAUGAUGACUACUGCACUGGAUUAGAAGUUGAUGUUGCUAAUGAUGGCACAGCUAAUUUCCAGAUUAGUAAUAAUGACGCAGAUACUUUUAUUGCCAUUCACGUGGAUGCAAAAAUGUAAUCAAAACUAUAUGCCUCUUUCCUUUUGGCUGUGCACCUCUUUUUCUCUUCUCCUUAUGUUUUUAGCACACAGGCAUGUAUAAUUCUGUCUAGAAAUAUCUCACAAAGAAUAAAAAAGCAUAAAAGUAUUUGGUUACACUUUUAAUAAAGAAAAACAUAAUUUCUGUGCUACUAUUAUACAGUAAUUAUCACUAGUGCUAAUAUAGAUUAGUAAGUAUGACACUAGUAGCAUGGUAUAGAAAUGCAACAUUUUAUUCACAAGAAGCAAAAGAAAGAAAAAUAAAAACAUUAAACACCAAA